GUAAUAUGAAUAAAGCCCCAGAACUAAACGCACAGUGUUGAAAGAACGAUUUAACAAAAGGCUAUUUAAAAUAAUAUAACAGAAUUUUACAUAGGAUUAAUUUUAAUUGUGAAUGUACAUAUACAAUAGUCUCAUACAAAAAUGGGCAAUACACAGGCAGGGGAAAAGCAUCCUAAAACCGGGAAAUCACCUGCAAAAGGCAGGCAUUUUAUGAGAAACCUUAAUAAACGGGCGUCAGGGAGGGAAAAUAAAAAGCACGGUCGUAAAAAGAGCGCAAAACGCGAGACAAUCGAUAAGGAAUUCGAUAAAACAUCAGAAUCAGAUAACAAUGAAACUAUUGAGGCAUCCGAUAACGAUACGGUCGAGUGCGUGUUUAAAACAUCGCGAGUGGAGGGGAGCGCGGAGAGGAGUGUGCAGUCAGAGGUAACGGUGACCAGGUGCGUGCGGUCACCGACCCGCGACCACUCGCCCGGCGUCUCCGCACCGCCGCUGCCUCCUGUCAUUUCGCCCGCGAACGGUUCCACCUCCGACUCAGUGUUCACAGACCCUCUCACGCCGCUCGCCGUCGAGCUAAACCAAUGCUAUUACUCUGCAGAAAGUGACAGCGCGCACGACGAGCUCCCGCGCACCCUCACUCCCCCGCCGGCUGAUGCGCGCCCGCAUUCCGACUUUUCCUCUGACGACACAGACAUGCCACACGAGGAAAAUGUUUCCUUGUCAGCUCGCGAUAUUAUAGAAAAAGAAAAAAGUGACGUAUUCGAUGACGGAAGUGACAGGGAUGAAAGUGAAAAGGUUAUGGGCACUUUAUUUUCAAAAUCGAGAGAGGAGCCGUUUGACCGUAGAACGCAUGAGUGCAAUCAUGAUUUCCUUGAUAACCGGUUAAAAGCAUCCGCCGGGCAAGCCUCAUUCACGCUGUCCAGACAUCGGAAGGUCGAACUGCCCCCAGUCGCCGCAGAAUCAUCACUCGACUUAUUAGACACCGAAAAAGAUAGGCGCCAUUCAAGUGUUAGCGACGCUCCAAUGACGGAAUCCAACGUGCUCAGAAAAGUGGCAUCAUUGACUUUGGACAAACACACAGAGAGUAAAGUCGUGCGUCCCAAAUUUGUUCCUGAGAAGCUAGAUUUUCAACUGUACGAAAAAUUUGAAGGGCAGAUGCUUUUAAAUUGGUUUGUAUCGUCAGCUGAAGCAAAUUUUUCAAAGAACAUAUCUAAUAGCCAAGAUCUAAGAAUACUUGCUAUCCAAUACUGUACCCACCUACUAGCAGCUGGAGUGCUGCGCCAAAUAUGUGAUAAGGAUGCACCCACAGACAAGAUAUUUAAGCCUAACUUAAUGUAUUACUGGGCACACAUGGAACCUCCAGUUGCUCAAUCUAUUGCACCAGGUCGUCUACAUACCUCAUCAUGGCCUCCUCAAAAAGAACCUUUUUCUGGCAAACAAAUUCAGUCUUAUCAAACAAUGAAUACUCAGCAAUUUUAUAGUUUAAACAACAAUGAAGACAUCAGUGAUAUUACAGAAGCAAAACUUGUUAUUGCUGAUUUAAAAAGAAAACUUCUAGAAUUAGAACAACAAUUGGAAAAUUAUAAAGAACUGUCAAUAGGUGUUACUGAAAGCAAGAGCUGGAAACCAAAUUAUGCUUCUGAGCAAAGCAAUUUAUGUGCAAUUGAUUUGGUGAGUCGAGAAGUGCAAACUAAUAAUACAAAUGAUCAUGCUAGGCUGGCUGAUAAAUCUGUGAUAAAUGCAUCGAAACCUGAUUCAUUAAUAAGGACAAGUGUAAAUAGUGAUUGUAAUAUAGCAUUAAGUAAAUUAGAUUACAAAAAUGAUAGCAAUAAUACAAAUAAGGAACUGGAACAUGAACAGAGAUCUUUGAAAAUAGAAAACUAUUGCAAGUUGAACAAAAGCAGAGAAUAUAAUCUCGCAUUAAGAAAUGAUAAUUCACUAGACCCCGAAACACGGAGCAGUAAUGAUAUAAUUACAAACAAAUUGGAAAAACAACAUAUUAAUGAGACACAAAAAAUUAAUAGAUUAUCAAACAAUAAUCAGAAUCAAAAUAUAAAUUUAAUAUGUGAUAGUUCAUCUGAUGCGUCAUAUGUUAGUACCACCACAGAGUUAAUUGGUAACCUAAAUAGCAUUAUCAAAGAUACUGAUAAGAACGAUUUUAGGUCUCUUAGUCCUCCAACAACAGAAGUUUUGUAUACUAAAAUUGACACUAAUAAUCAAUUUUCAUCAGAACCUUUAUCACUAGAUUUAUCGCAAUCUGAACAGAGCUGGAAAUCAAUUGAAACUGAAAACAAAGAAGAUGAUGGUGCUACAUCUAUAUCACCAAAUGACCAUUUUGAAGAUAAGAAGGAAAAUAAUUCUCAGGCAUUGUGUCAUAAAGAUGUAGCUAACCAAGAAUUAAUAGAAACACCCUUACACAUAUCUGAAAAAUUGAAAGAUAAAUCACUUCAGCACACAGAUCCACAACCACCACCAUUACCUGGAAUGUCCCCACCGCCGCCACCCACACCCGGAACAAAAUCAUCUGACCAUCAGGAUGAACAAUCAUUUGUAUCUCCCCCGAAAGAUGUUCAACCACCACAUGCAAAAAGCUGUAGAAAAUUUGAUGUUCCUUCUUCAACUUCCUUUAUACCACCACCACCACCUAUGCCUGCUAUGGAUGCUGCAGUAUUGGCAUCAUCUGAAUUAUCUACUGUACCUUGCAAAGCAACCCCACAUUCCACUAUUCCUAAAAUAGAAACAUCACAUAGUACUAUUGUUCCACCGCCACCAUCAAUUCCAGACAGGGAACCAACCCCCUGUACAGUACCAGCAGCACCCCCAAUGCAUAGUGAGAGUGUAACAGAUCCUCAAAAAUCGGUUACAAGACAACAGCAUCUACCCGUGUUUGGAAUGGUGCCUCCACCACCUCCAAUGCCUGAGAUGUGUCCACCACCACCUCCAAUGCCAGGAAUGGCUCCACCACCACCUCCAAUGCCAGGAAUGGCUCCACCACCACCUCCA